CAGCCGUGUACGAUGGCUGGCCGGUGGCAGCACUGGGCCGGCCGCCCCUGUGGCUGCCCGACCCCGUAGAGUCAUGUCGUACCAAUGUCGGUCUCUUCCUGCAAACCAUCCAGCGCCACCCCACGGACCCGGACCAAUGCCGCUGGCUGCCCGGAGCCCGGAUCAACAUCGCGGCGGCUGCACUGGACAGCGCCAGGGCCCCCGCGGAUAGGGACACACCCGCACUGCUGUGGGCUGCUGAUGGCUCCCCGCGGGCGCUGCGACCCGUGGGUCGCCAGGAGCUGCGAGCGCGGGUAAGGAGGCUGGCGGUCGCCAUCAGACAGCAUUUCAAAAUCGGCGAUGCCGUGGCGGUCUACAUGCCCAUGACCCCUUCCGCCGUGUGUCUUUACAUGGCUGCCGUACUGGCGGGCUGUGUGGUGGUGUCGGUGGCGGACUCCUUCUCCCCGGGGGAGCUGCGGACGCGGUUGGACGUCUCGGGGGCCGUGGGGGUGUUCACACAGGACGUGGUGCUCAGGGGCGGCAAGGUGCUGCCGCUGUACGACAAGGUGAUCAAGUCGGGCACUCCCGCUCGGGCGGUGGUCCUGCCGGCGGCUGAGGAGGACGACGUGAACACAACGAGCUCCCCCGGCUCCGUGCCCCUGCGGCCGGGAGACUUGUCUUGGGCCGACUUCAUGAAGAGCUGUGGCGGCUGUAGUUGUAGCAGUAGCAGUAGCAGUAGCAGUAGCAACACCAGGAGCUGCUGCCGCGGCGGUUGCGGGGCCGCCACCGGUUGCACUGAUUUUGCCGAAUUUACCCCCCAUGUGGCCGAUAUGUACAACGUCACCAACGUGCUGUUUUCCUCCGGCACCACGGCAAGUUGUGCACACGCGUGCGCGCGCGCGCGUGGCGAGCCCAAGGCCAUUCCCUGGAGUCAUCUGACCCCGCUCCGCUGUGCUGUGGACGGUUGGGCCCACUUGGAUAUCCGGCCGGGCAGUGUGGUGUGUUGGCCGACGAACUUGGGCUGGAUGAUGGGGCCCUGGCUGCUGUAUGCGGCAUGGCUGAACGGGGCGACGGUGGCGCUGUACGGGGGUGCCCCCUUGGGCCCCGACUUCUUGCAAUUCGUGGAGGCCGCCCGGGUGGACGUGUUGGGUUUGGUGCCGUCCAUAGUCCGGGCGUGGAGGCACGGGGGCGCGGGUGGGGGGCGGGGCGCGGCGACGGACGGUGUGGACCUGUCCCGCGUGCGGGUGUACGGCAGUACGGGCGAGGCGUCGGCGGCGGAGGAUUACGCAUGGCUCAUGUCCCGGGCACGCGGCUACCGCCCCAUCGUCGAGUACUGCGGAGGCACGGAGAUCGGCGGCGGCUACGUGAGCAGCACCCUCAUGCACCCCUGCGCCCCCUCCACCUUCACCACAGCCACAUUGGGGGCUCGACUGGUGCUGCUGGCGGCGGGGGAUGAGGGGGAGGGGGCGGGGACUGGGGCAGCAGCUGCAUUGGUCUGGGACGGUGCACCCUGCCGUACGGCUCACCAGCAGUCUACAGUGUCCGGCGAGGUUGCCUUGGCGAUGCCCAUGUUGGGUGUGUCCCAGAGGCUUCUGAACAAGGACCACUACCAGGUGUACUACGCCGGCAUGCCCGUGUACGGCAGUACGGGUAUGCCGCUGCGGCGCCAUGGUGACGAGAUGGCGGCCAUGCCCGCAGCUGGCCCGGGGCCCGCCGCGUGGUCCUUCUGCGCCCUAGGCCGCUGCGACGACACCAUGAACCUUGGGGGGAUUAAGGUAUCCUCCGUAGAGCUGGAGCGGGCGGUUGUGGCUGGUGUGGCGGGUGUGGUGGAGGCGGCUGCGGUGGGUGUGGCGCCCCCACAAGGCGGCCCGGAGGAGCUCACCCUCGUGCUGGUGGUGCUGCGGCAACAAACACCUGCCGCUGCAGCAGCACCCGGGGCCGGCAGUAGCAGUGGCAGUGGCAGUAGCAGUAGCCGCAACGGUGACGAGGAGCUGCAGCACGGGAAGCAGCAAAUAGCGGAUCUGCAACGGCGAUGCCAGGAGGUCCUACGGACAAGACUGAACCCGCUGUUCAAGGUCUCCCGGGUGGUGGUGGUGCCCUCCCUGCCCCGGAACGCGUCCAACAAGGUCAUGCGGCGAGUGCUGAGGGACAUGCUGCUGCAGCUGCCGGGCCAGGCGAAGCUCUGAGCCCCGCCGCCGGUAGUCGGUAGCCGAGAGCUGCACUGGUUGGGCAGAAGGACUGGUUGGGCCCCAUAUAUCGGACAGUCCUGGCUGGUGUCCUAGGUGGGAUCUGCGCGAGGGGGCCGAGUCCGAAGAGAACCGCCCGCGCAGUGCGCAAGUGAGAGGGAAAGGGGGGAUGGAGGCGGGGCCAGAGAUAGGUUCGAUGUGCUCGAGGAUGCGAGAGGAUGGAUAAUAGAUGGGCUGCUGGCAGUGCGUAGCAGGGGAGCCGUCAUAACACCGGCGUGCCAUUAAUUGGAUUUGGCCAGCAGCGCCGCGUCCCGCCGCCGCCUGGUGCUUUCGAAACUGCACGCAGCAACAACCAGCAGCUGUAGCAGCAGUAGCAAACAAGAGUUGCAACAGUAGCGGCAGUGUGGAAGACUGCCCGCUUCUCUGCACAGACCCCCCGCCACAUGAAGGGUGAAGGCGGGGCCGAAGGGAUGAAUGAAUGGGGCACCGUGAUGGUGGCGGGCCCGGUAGUGCACGUGGCUGCUAGAGACGUCUAUAUGAUGAUGUGUGUCUGUGUAGUAGCUCUGCUGCUGCUGCUGCUGCCGCCGGGCAAGGUGUGUGUCUGUCUAAAUGUAUGUAUGUACUGCUGUAAUUCUUAACGGGC